UAUUUCUUUGUUGCUCUUGGAGAACUGUGCUUUUGAACCUCUCUCUGUCUCUCUGCCUGCUCUAUAUACUUUCUUAGCUUUUCCAUAAGCAUAACAAGUAGACCAGAGAGCUCAGCUUUCUUGCUUCUGCUUCUGUAUUUUUCCUCUUCGCUUCUUCCCUUUUUCCUUCAAACACGUUUGGAUCUUUCUCAAAUUCUGCUUGGGCCCCAAACCACUCGUGAUUUGCCUCAUAUGAACAUAUAUAUAGAUAUAUAUACAAGGGACCCAUGUCGAUAUUUCUCAUGAAUAUCACAUCCAUGAUUGUAGUUUCUGCUUCCUAAAUCCAUUUCUCUUUUGGGUCAGUUUCUCAUGGUUUUCUUCUUCCCAUAAACUCCAUCUCUCAACUCCUUUUCUUUAACUCUGUCCUAAUCAAAUUCCCCUCUGGAUUUAUUGACUUUUACUUCAAAUCCAUGAAGGGUUUUACUCCCAUCAGUCUUGUGAUUUUGGUAAUCUUUCUGUUCUCUGUGGGUGUUUGGAGUUCUGAGGAAGCAGAUGAAGGUGUAGCUCCGAUGGAGAAAACAGAGCAGGAAGCUCUGUACUCUGCAGUACAAGGCUUUGUGGGUAAAUGGUGGAAUGGUUCAGACCUCUAUCCGGAUCCUUGUGGGUGGACUCCUAUACAGGGGGUGUCUUGUGAUUUGUAUGAUGGGGUUUGGUAUGUGACCUCCAUGAAUAUUGGACCUGUUCUUGACAACUCCCUAAAUUGUUCCCCAAGUGCAAGAUUUAGACCACAACUGUUUGAUUUGAAGCACCUAAAAUCCCUAUCCAUUUUCAAUUGCUUCCUCUCACCCCACAAACAUCCAGUUCCAAUCCCCUCAGAAAACUGGUGGAACCUUGCUGGCAGCUUAGAAUCGCUAGAGUUUCGAUCGAAUCCGGGCCUCACUGGACAAAUUCCUGCAACCUUUGGCAGCCUCAGAAAGCUCCAAUCAUUAGUGCUAGUAGAGAAUGGAUUAAGUGGUGGAAUACCAACAAAUAUCGGUGAAUUAGUCCGAUUGAAGCGGCUAGUUCUAGCCGGAAACUGGUUUACGGGCCAAAUACCCGGUGGGUUUGGUGGAUUGAAUCAGCUGUUAAUCCUUGAUUUAAGUAGGAACUCACUAUCCGGGCCUUUGCCAAUCACCAUUGGAAGUUUGACUUCACUCCUGAAGCUUGACUUGAGCAGCAAUCAACUGGAAGGGCAGCUACCUUUGGGGUUUGGUAAUCUAAAGAUGUUGACUUUAUUGGACCUGAGGAGCAACAAUUUCUCAGGUGGGUUGACCAAAUCACUUGAAGAAAUGCAUUCCUUGGAAGAGUUGGUCUUGUCCAAAAACCCAAUUGGUGGAGACAUCAAAACCCUAGAGUGGCAAAACAUGGAGAAAUUGGUAAUUUUAGACCUCUCUGGAUUAGGUCUAAUUGGUGAGAUUCCGGAUUCAAUUUCAAACCUAAAAAAAUUGAGAUUUUUAGGUCUGAAUGACAACAAGCUCACGGGCAACCUCUUGCCAAAGAUUGCAACUUUGCCCUGCCUCAGUGCACUCUACCUCCAUGGCAACAACCUCACAGGGGAGCUUAAAUUCUCUGAGUCGUUUUAUCACAAAAUGGGGAGUCGUUUUGGAGCUUGGAACAACCCUAAUCUCUGUUACGUCAGUGGAAUGGUGCCAGCAGGCCAUGUCCCAUUUGGGGUGAGGCCAUGUCAGCAGGGGGAGGAGGAGGUCACAUUGGUUGACAAACCCAAUUCAAAAACAGAGUUGGGUGAUGAGAUUUUGAAUGAGAAUUCACAUUACACUACUUCUUUGGGAAUUUCAAGCUUCGGCAUUGAUGGGUUCUGGUGGCUUAGUGGAUUUCUGCAAUUACUGAUGUUUCUGUUAUUGACUUGAUCCCUAAAGAUCCCUUCGUUUUAGAACCUUACAACAUAACUUCUCUAGUUAGAAGCAAUUGUAACUUAGAAUGUUAUUGCUUACUUUGUUAUGCUUUCUUUUGCCUUCUUUUGCCUCUUAACAUGAAUCAACUCAAUAUAUAUGCUUUCCUUUUCUCAA